GACGACAGCCUCCGCGCACUCGCAGCACAGCAUAGUUCCAGAAGCCUGGCAGUAUAAACUCCCGGACGAGACCGGGCCCUGCUAGCUGCAUAAGCAGCCGCAAUGGCAUAAACGGCGGGGCCCGGCUGCGGGGCCGGCCGCCGAUCCUAGCACCGUUCGCACUUUUUGACUCAACACCACCACCACCACCAUAAACUACGUGCCUAUUUUUACUCUGCCAGGCCGGUGCAUCACGACAGAACACUCUUGACAGGCAGCACAGCACAACCACCUCGGCUUCACACGGAACUCUAUAUCCCACCACCAUCACCACCGUAACCACCAUGGCUGGCGUCGACCACAUCCUCACGCUGUCGUGCCCCGACAAGCCCGGCAUCGUGCACGCCGUCACCGGCCUGCUGGCCAAGCACAACCUCAACAUCCUCGACCUCCAGCAGUUCUCGGACCCCACGUCGCAAAAGUUCUUUAUGCGCGUCCACUUUGGCUACACCGAGUCCACCGCCAGCCUCGACGCCGACAUGGCCUCCCUCAAGGCCUCCCUCGCCGCCGCCGACGAGGACUUUGACGUCCGCCCCGCCGCCAAGAAGCCCCGCGUCCUCAUCAUGGUCUCCAAGAUCGGCCACUGCCUCAACGACCUCCUCUUCCGCACAAAGAACAAGCAGCUCGGCAUCGAGAUCCCCAUCAUCGUCUCCAACCACCCAGACUACAGGGCCCUCGCCGAGUCCUACGGCAUCGAGUUCCACCACCUCCCCGUCACAAAGGACACCAAGCUCGAACAGGAGAAGCAGAUCCUCGACCUCAUCCGCGCAAACAGCAUCGACCUCGUCGUCCUCGCCCGCUACAUGCAGGUCCUCAGCCCGGGCCUCUGCGAGGCCAUGAGCGGCAAGAUCAUCAACAUCCACCACUCCUUCCUGCCCAGCUUCAAGGGCGCCAAGCCCUACCACCAGGCCUACGACCGCGGCGUCAAGAUCAUUGGCGCCACCGCCCACAUCGUCACCGCCGACCUUGACGAGGGCCCCAUCAUUGAGCAGCGCAUCGCCCGCGUCGACCACAGCAUGAGCCCCAAGGAGCUCGUCGAGGAGGGCAGCAACGUCGAGAGCCAGGUCCUGGCCGCCGCCGUCAAGUGGUGGAGCGAGAAGAGGGUCUUCCAGAAUGGGCACAAGACUGUUGUCUUCAACUAGGCUAUGGCGUUUGGAGGAGAUGAUGGGAGAAAAGGCGGCAAGAAAUGUGACGAAAAGAGCAAAACUCCGGUCCACGAAAAACGAAAUGAGGAAUAUAUAAAGACGACGAGCAAAACAUAUCCUGCCAAAGUGUAGCAGGGAGAGAAGGGCGUUGGUGGACGGUAUAUACCCGCGUGCUUGGAGGCCUUGUGGACGGGAUCAUCCUUUUUGGAAGCAAGAGUGAUGGCAUUUCGAGAUUUGUAGGCGCUAGAAGGAAGACAAAAGCAAUUGAUUUAGCCCAAGGCAGCACGGCUCGCAGGCGUUGCUCGCACACCGUUGAGGAUACGGCCCUUGGUGCAUGAUAUAAAA